AUGGAGGAGUAUAUUCGAUUAUCAAAUUUACAAACAAAUUUUCAAAAAAUUUGUAGAACUUGUUUGAUAGAAAAAGAUAAUUUACAAGCAAUUUUUCGAAUUAUAGACUUAUUAAAAGAAUGCACUUCAAUACAAAUUGACAUGGAAGAUGAUUUACCAAAAGUAAUCUGCCUCGAAUGUACUAACAAACUGAAUACUGCGUUCGAAUUUAGAAAACAAUGUGAAGUAUCCCAAAAAAUUUUGUUACAACUAAGAGAGUUCGGAGAAACACCUGUUAAGCUUGAAAAUAACGCAUCAAAUUCUCAGUUACAAAAUGAUAAAGCUGAAAAUUUAGAAAUAAAUGAAAAACAAAACGUUAACUUAGAAAGUGAAAAUACUAAUAUUGUGAAGGACAGCUCAUCUUGUGAUAUUGAUGAUCAACCUCUAGACAAAAGAUUAAAGUUAGAAAAUAAUGAUUCAGAUAAUAUAGAUAACGAUUGUGAUAAUUCUACGCAAAGCAGUGAUGAAUCUGUAGUUUUAAGAAGAAAAAAGUAUAAUAAAAAAUCCAAUAAAUUGAAAGACAAGAAAGAAUUGGAAGUAAAACAAGAUGACGAUACAGCAAAAAAUGGACUAUCAUGUCCAAAAUUUGGUGAUCGAAAUCGUCAUGUACGAAUUCAUGAUGGUAAAACAACAUCCACAGUAAAAAAUGGACUACCAUGCCCUCAAUGUAAAAAAUGUUAUGAAUUAGAGGUAGAUCUACAAAUUCAUAUGUUAAAACAUAAAAAAUUUGACGAAUUUAUUUGUCCUAUGUGCUCAAAAUGUUUCAAAAACAAAAAUAAUUUAAUACAACAUUUGAAUACACACAUGACUGACAAGCCGUACAAAUGCAGUAUCUGUAAUAAAGGUUUUGCAAAAGCUUAUCAUCGAGAUAUUCAUAUGCGAACAGCUCAUACAGGCGAAAAACCAUUGGUAUGUUCAUCAUGUGGUGAGCGAUUUACAGAUUCCGGUAGAUUGUACACACAUAAAAAGAAAUAUCAUAUUGGAGAAAAAAAUUUCGUGUGCUCAUUUUGUUCUAAAUCGUUCACGUUUGCACCGGAGCUUCGAAGUCAUAUGCGUGUGCAUACUGGUGAAAAACCAUUUUUAUGUACAGAAUGUGGAGAAAGCUUUAGCCACUUUAAAGAUUUAAAACAGCAUAGACUAAAACAUACAGGAGAACGUCCUUAUUCUUGUACUGAAUGUAACAAGAGUUUUCUUUCGAAUGAUUAUUUAAAAGUACAUAUGAGAACGCAUACUGGUGAAAAACCAUAUGUAUGUAAAAUAUGUAAAAUGGGUUUUGCAAGAUCUGAUUAUCUUGUUAUACACACCCGAUCACAUACUGGCGAGAGACCGUUUAGUUGCAAUAUUUGCGAGAAGACUUUUAAAUCAAAUAAAAAUUUAUCACAACAUAAACGAACACACAAUAAAGAAAGAUGAAAAUUUUUAGUUGUUCUUGGAAAAUAAUGAAUGAGAUAAUUACAUUAACAUUUUAUUAAUCAAACUAACUGCAUCGACGUCAUAAAUUUUCAAAAUAAACCGUGGCUAACGGGGUAUAUGUUAACGAAUUUAAUUAUAAUGGUUCGCAUGAGGUGAAAGUUACAUACUAAAAACAGUACUUGAUUUUUUUAAAUAUAAAAAUAGAAUAUGUAUAUGUACAAUACAAAUUGAUCAGUAUUAA